GGUACGUGUGCAGGAAAAAGCAACAAAUCAGCCGUGACAACCAUCGCCAUCAUCGCUCCUGUUGGAGGUGUCAUGGCACUUCUCCUUCUCACUUGUGGUUUGCUUCGAAGAAAAGGAGAGGAGACGUAUGAAGUCGUCAAUUAUAAAAGCGGUGCAAACGAACUUACCACUGUGGAGUCCUUGCAAUUUGAAUUGGCUACAAUACAAGCUGCGACGAAUGAUUUCUCUCAUGAAAAAAAGUUGGGUGAAGGUGGAUUUGGUGAAGUUUUCCAGGGUAAACUUCCUAAUGGGCAACAAAUUGCGGUGAAGAGGCUAUCUCAAAGCUCAAGACAGGGUGAUGAAGAAUUCAAGAACGAAGUUCUGUUAGUCGCGAAGCUUCAACAUAGAAACCUUGUACGACUGCUCGGAUUUUGCUUGGAGGGAGACGAAAAGCUACUUGCCUACGAGUUUGUGCCAAAUAAAAGCCUUGAUUACUUCUUAUUUGACCCUGAAAAAAGGAGACAACUAGAUUGGCCAUUACGUUAUAAAAUAGUAUCUGGGAUCGCUCGAGGAAUGCUCUAUCUACAUGAAGAUUCUCAUCUCCGGAUCAUCCAUCGCGACCUAAAAUGCAGUAACAUCUUGUUAGAUAGUGAAAUGAACGCAAAGAUUUCGGAUUUUGGCAUGGCAAGGAUUUUUGGGGUCGAUCAAAAUCAGCUAACACAAGAUAAAAUCGUGGGGACAUUUGGUUACAUGUCUCCAGAAUACGCAAUGCAUGGAGAGUUCUCAGUGAAAUCCGAUGUUUAUAGCUUCGGCAUACUACUUCUAGAGAUCAUUUGCGGCAAGAGAAAUAACUUCUACCACCAAUUGAAUGGGGGUGAAUAUCUUGCUAGUUAUGUGUGGAAUCAAUGGAGAGAAGGCACGCCCUUGCAAGUGUUGGACACAGCUAUCGUGGAUCCAUUUUCAAGAGAUGAAGUGCUUCGAUGCCUGCACAUCUGCUUGCUAUGCAUUCAGGAAGAUCCGACUAUUAGACCCACCAUGGCCACCGUAGUUCUCAUGCUCAGCAGCAAUUCCGUUACUCCGCCAUCGCCUCGACGUCCGGCCUUCUUCGUCCGAAGUAGAUCACGGGGACUGAGCAUCCCAAUGGAAGAGCUUGAAUCAGACCAAGCUGCCAGGAGGACUCUGCCUUCGUCGACCAAUGGCAUGUCGGUUACCGAACUGUACCCCCGGUAAAAUGGUGGUUGUGACCGAAAUCCUUCCUCAUGGAUGGUCUCGCAGCGAGAUUGCUUGGCCUUCCACCGUGAUAUUUCGUGAACAAUAA